CGGGGAUCUCUCGAUCCUUCUCUCUCCCUCUCUCUCUCUAUCUUCUUCAGAAAAUUUCAACAUUUUUCCUCGUCAAGAGAAAAUCCACGCGUUCAAGAUUUACGGGAGUUACAGGGCUGUAACAAUCGUAAAUCUUGAACAAAAAAGGUUGUCUCCGGCGUGUGGGUGGUACACACUAACCGGAACCAACAACCCUCCAUAUCUUCAAUGGCGACGACGAUGAAAGGCCUUCUUAAGGGUCUUCGUUACAUUACUCAGAUUUUUGACGAAGAGAAAGAGCAGGAGAUGCAGAUCGGAUUUCCGACCGAUGUAAAACAUGUUGCCCACAUUGGCUCCGAUGGUCCAGCCACCAAUACGCCAAGCUGGAUGAAUGACUUCAAACCUCAAGAACAUGAGAAAGCUCAAGUCGUGUCCAGAGGAAAUUCCAACAAAUACAACCCUCAAGCGAUGAACCAACGUGGAGCAGGGCUAAAAGAACUACUUCCUCCUCUGAGCACCAACGAGAAACCGAAACAGAAAACAAGGCGGAAAUCAGCGAACGGGUCUCCGCCGAGAAGAAGCAACGGAAACGCUGCAUCUUCAGAUGAACCAUCGAAGCAUUCAAGACAUAACCGAAGCAAACACGGGUCAAUGGACUCAUCGAGCGAUCAAGAACCUUCAGUUCGUAGAAGGCGUGGUGGUGUCUCGGUGCCAGACAUGGAAGUUUCUUCUAAUCAUCUUCCUGAUGGUUCAGCUCCUCCACGGAAGGCUACAUCACGACCGAGGAAACUUAAAGGAUCAUCAGUAGGAGGAGAAGCAUCGAUAAAGAAAUCAUCCAAAGGAAAACCAGAGAAUUCAGUUGAUAACUGUAACGAUAUUAUCUGAGAUAUACAUAAAAACGAAAAC